CAAACUACAGAUUAGAUGAGACGAGAGAAGAGAGAGAGCGCACAAAAAGUGAAAAAUAGGAGAGAGCACACAAAGCAAUAAGAGAGAGGAGAGAGAUUUUCAACGAAUUCAGUUUCGUUUUGUGUGAAUCUCGGAGUGUGCUUGCAGUUUUUCGGAAUUUCAUUUCAUCUGAUUCUGUUCAUUCCACCGGCGACAAUGGUGGAAAUCCGGUGAAUUAUGAGAUUCACGGGAGGAGAUUUGCCGUGAUGGAGAGGAACAGAGAUUUACGAAGAGCGACUGUCUCGGCCGCGAACGGUUUGCCGAGAAGACGGCAAAGGAUUACUACUCUCAGAGACUCAACCGAGCAGGAUAGACAGAUGGAAUUGCAGGAAACAGUGAGGUUAGGAGAUCGAGAGCAGUUACAGAAGAAGGACCGGGAACGAGAGUUUCCUAAGAGAAGAAGAAUCGAUAGGUCUGCGGCGCAGCAGAGAAGUGAUGGCGGUGAGAGUUGCAGAGAGAACGAGAGUACGGAUUCGAGUGACGAAGAGUACUAUGAGGAGGAAGAGGAGAUGAGGAUUCAUCAGCAUAAUAGGGUAAAUCAAUUCUCGCCAACGUCUUCUUCUCUGUCAAAUAAUCGCCGGGGCCUCCGCACACUCCGGUCAUCGCCGGUUCUGAGAGCCGCCGCCGAUGAAAUGUUCGGUGUUCCCGUACCGCGAAGAGCUCGCUCUUCUUCGGCGAAGAGGUUGCAAGAGUACUGCAAUUUAGGCAGUGGAGGCUUUGGCGAGGACUUGAGCCAUCGGAGAUUUUCGCCGUCGCCUGCGGCGGUGAAUCUGAUUGGUUCUGGUGACUCAAUGAAGAAGAAGAUGAAAUCUUCAGAGCGAAGAGCGCCGAUUCAAAAUCCCAAUCAUUCGACGAUUCAAGAUGAUAUUGAGAUCGAGGUUGCUGAAGCGCUGUUCGAUCUGAUGAAACAAUCUCAAUCGCAAUCCCAAUCCCAAUCCCAAUCCCAAUCUUCGCAAAGACAAGAAAAGCUUGACAGAGAUAGAUUGAACACAGCUGGCGACGAGUUAAAGAUAUCAAAAGCUGAUGGUGGCAAAGAUGAGAAUAAUGCCUUUUCAGUUCAAAAUGAGCCAUCAGUAAAAGUGAAUGCUGGAACAGAUUUGGGCGACUCGAUGAAAGAGCUAAAGAAAGAAGGAAGGGUUGAGAAAGAGAGAUUUCCGGAUGACCCAGCUCAAGAAUUAGUGAGUGGAGAUGGGUUUGUGAAUAAAGUUAAAGUGGGGUCUCCAAAAGAAAGCGAAUCGCCAUCAUGUGUUAAAGUAAAUGCUUGUGAUAUUCAGGAUCCGACAUUGACAAAAGCGCAUUAUGACGCAAUUAUUGUUGAGGCUAAGAAGGAAACUAAGCUGGAGAUUGAUUUGAUGUCAUCUCCCUUGCCGUCUUCGCCGGAGAGAGAGGGAUUGGUCGAUAUGGGGACUGAUCAUGGCGUGAUGGCUCAAGCUGGUCGAAAGAAGAGCGAGGUUGCUGCUAAGAAUGGUCGCUUGGCAGUUCCAUCUGGAAUGCAGGGAGAGAAGAUUGGAGCUGUUAAUAGCGAUCAACGAUCAAACCUUGAUGUUGAGAAGAAUAGCCAUCAGCAGCAAGGUCGGAAGGAGAAUAAAAAUCAAUCACCAACUUCCUUGUUGCCUUUCCCUAUUGGUAUGAGUAGCUGGCCUGGUGUUCUUCCUCAUCCAGGAUUUAUGCCGCCUGUGCAAGCUAUGCCUAUAAAUGGAAUCGCAAAAUCUUCAUUGAUAAUGCAGCCCCCUCAAUUUAAAUUCUCCCAGCCUCGACCAAAGAGAUGCGCCACACAUCAAUACCUCGCGCAAAGCAUCCAUUACCACCAGCAGCUCAUCAAGAAGUCUCUAUCAACUGGUCCCACUGGUUUGUGUGGAAGCAAGUCACCGAGCCUAAAAUAUACAUCACCGGCACAAAAUUUCAUCCCCGCAAACCCAUUUCUCGGAGAGUUUCAAGGAGGGCAGAAUUUAGCAACUAGUUCUGUUGGAGGUGGAAAAGAUAAGAGCUCCGAUGCUGCUGUGGCUUUAAAUGCCUCAAGCACUAAGUCUUCUUUUCAACAAGCUUCACACCCAGUCUCAACUUCUAGUUUCUUGCAUGGCCACGGUUUUCUAUUGCCUUUUGGGCACCAUCAAACAACAAUGAUGGCACCAACUAAUUCUUCUGGGUCUCCUCAAUCUGCAACCUCAGCUUCAAAUGCAACUUUGCUGUCUACUUCAGCUGGGCGGCUUCCGGUCAACUUUCCUUUACCUAAUGCAUCAACUGCUUUGAGUUUGAACCAUCCUAUGUUUCCUUCAAAUGAAGCUUCCCCAUACAUGACCAUACUACAGAACAAUGGUUGCUCGAUCCCUAUUUCAACAAACAUUUCUAUGCCUCCCUUUAAAGGAGGAUCACGCUCAAUGCCCUUCUUUAACUCUUCUUUGUAUCCGUCCCCACCAUUUAAUCAGCAGCAGUUCACCACUUCUCAUGCUUCAGCCCAGUCAGCUUCUCAAAAUACCAACUUGUCAUCACAAAGACAACCACAGUCCAAUGCUAAAACCAGUGAGAAUAAAUUCCCUACUUCAGUAACUGCAAAUCUGCAGUCAGAGAAGCCUUCCUACUCAUCCAGCAAGUCUGAUGCUGAGAUUAAUUGGAAAAAUGGCUUUGUGUCUCACUCAGCAAAACCUAGUAAUUCACCACAACCAAUGAACUAUGCAACGUUUCAACCUGGACCGGUUGGUGGUGCUGCUGCUGGUAAUAAGCAAAUUGAUCCUCCUCAACAGGGUUCCAAGGGUAGAGUCGAGCUGAUUCCUCAGGCAUAUGCUUUCUCUUUUGGUUCAAAUGCUUCUGCAACCCCAGUGCUCAACUUCUCAUCCAUGGCGCAGAGCACCGGUAUGUUUCAGAUGCUUCCUGACAUGUCUAUGAAUGCUAACCAGAAGAAUUUCCAGACGUCCGAAGUGAAGUCUGUAGCCAGCGGUGGUCAAUCUUUUAACUACUCGAGAUCAGAUUGCUCAGAGAUAUCAGCCCUCUCCACCAUGGGACCUCCCAAGUUUGAUGGUUUAGCUCGAAAUAUGAAUUUUCUUCCAUCCUCCCUCAGCGGCAGCCAAACAUUUCAGACGUCGUCUGGUGUUUCUGCCCCGAAUUUUCAGCAGCAUCAGCUGAUUCAAGUCCAGGAUCACCACAUGCAUCAAAUGCAUUUAGGGCGAACAGGUCAAGUUAAGUCUUCAACUCCUCACGACAUUCAUGGCUCUUUCCCUAUGUUAGCGCCAAAUGAGGCUCCAUCGUUCCACGCCAAAUGGGAGAAUUUCCCUAGAAGCGCAGCUCCUGAGUCUGCCACCUCAAACAUCCCUCAACUCAAAUAUUCUCAAGGCCAAACUCAUAUAAGUUUUGGUAAUGGUCCAUUUCAAGGACACCAUCAGUUUGUGAUGAAGAGCGAGUCUUCCAUGUCAAGAAAUGCGUCUUCCGUGGGCUCAACAACUCCACCACUAGCCUCCCAAGAGGGAGAAGGCCAGAAGUCGUCAUCCCCUGCUUGCAGACGGAACGUGCCAUCGAUUCUAAGCACAUGUCCCAGCCAACUGCCGGAGCUCAAGUACUGAUGGUUUCUUGCAUCCAUGAAAGAAAAGAGCGGCUUUUCUGUGGAGAGGUAAGAUUUCAUUGCUUCUGCAAUAAUGAAGAUACUACUAUGUCAUUAUUAAUCAGAAGCUAUUAAAGCCACUGUGCCGUGGCUCUACGGCUGAGCGGGGCAAUUCAAAAUUUGAAAUGUGGUUGGUGGAAGAGGAAGAGGAGGAAGAAGAAGAAGAAAAAGAGGAGUUGGAAUAAGUGAAGGUGAAUCAAAGUAGGAAAAGCAGACUGUUUUGUUGAAAUUUUUGGAGGGUUGCAAUUUUGAUAGUGUUAUUUAUCAGUGGGCUUCCCUUGCUACUAAUCCGAUUGGUUUGGAUGCGACACUCAUGUGUUGUAUGUAUAGACUAAUCUGUUACAUAUCAUCAAUACAUAUAAAAUUCCAUUCUUUCAA